UCGUCCGAAAGAGCUUUAGCCAUCGGUUCGUUAACCAAAACCGUUCCCUUCGUGUUCUCGGUCCCGGAUCGCGCGAGAAAUUGUCCUCGAUCAUCGUUCGUCGCGCUCUGCAUGGGAGGGGCCGUGGACGAUUCCACGGUACAAUGUUCGUUUCGAUUUCGAUUCUAUCCGGUUUACCCGACCGUCUGUUCGUAUCUUGUGUUCGAUUUUGAACAACGCGUCGAUUCGCCACCGUCACCACCGCCGCUGUCACCGACACCUUCGUCACCGCCACCGCCGCCGCCACCGCCACCGCCACUGCCACCAACGCUACCACCAACGCUACCACCAACGCUACCAUCGCCGUCGCCGUAAUCAUUCUGCUCUGUGUCAUCUUCGUGUAACCACCUCUAUCCACUCGGCGCGAUCUUUUCAUUGCCUUUAUUUAUCGCCAAGUCCCUCUUUCGUUCGGAGCCAUGAAGUGGCAUCCCGUUCAUUCUACCAAUGUGCUGCUGAGGAAUGUAGGCGACGAAAGUACGGACCAGAAUAAUAACAUAACUAUGACGAGUGAAGAUUUGUUACAGCCUGGCCAUGUGGUCAAAGAACGUUGGAAAGUUAUUAAAAAAAUAGGGGGAGGAGGAUUCGGGGAGAUAUACGAAGGCGUAGAUUUAAUGACCAAGGAGCUAGUCGCGUUAAAAGUUGAAUCUGCUCGACAGCCAAAGCAAGUUCUUAAGAUGGAAGUAGCCGUAUUAAAGAAGCUUCAGGGUAGGGAACACGUAUGCAGAUUUAUCGGCUGUGGUCGAAACGAUCGAUUCAAUUAUGUUGUGAUGCAAUUGCAAGGCAAAAAUUUGGCUGAAUUACGUCGUGCUCAGCCAAGAGGCGCAUUUUCGUUGUCCACCACUCUUCGUUUAGGACUUCAAAUUCUUCAAGCGAUAGAAAGUAUACACGAAGUAGGUUUUCUUCACAGGGACAUUAAACCGUCAAAUUUUUCAAUCGGACGACUUCCGCAUAACUCGAUGCUGGUGUACAUGCUGGAUUUUGGACUGUCUCGUCAAUUUACAACUACCACCGGCGAAGUUCGACCACCUCGCAGCGCGGCAGGAUUUAGAGGAACCGUCCGUUACGCAUCCGUAAAUGCACACAAAAAUAAAGAAAUGGGUAGACACGAUGAUUUGUGGUCGUUGUUUUACAUGUUGGUAGAAUUUGUAAACGGACAACUUCCAUGGCGGAAAAUAAAGGACAAAGAACAGGUGGGUCUCAUGAAAGAGCGGUUCGAUCAUCAUUUACUUUUAAAACACCUUCCAUCCGAUUUUCGAGGUUUCCUGGAACAUAUUCAGAGUUUGGAAUACGCGGACAAACCAGACUAUGAGAUGUUAGCGGGAUUGUUCGAGCGCUGCAUGAAACGGAGAGGCGUGAAGACGAACGAUCCUUACGACUGGGAAAGAGCGGUGAUAGCCAACGAAAGUUUGUCAACUACCAGGUCUUUGCCAACGGUUACCGUACCUCCUGUACUGACUACUGCAACCACGAUCAAUCAGCCACCGCCCACGCCAAACGUCGACACGAACAAUCAAGAAAACGUCGAACCCGACAACAGGAAAGAAUUAGACGCACAAAUGGAUUACGAAAGUAUAUGCAGAAGGAACAAGCAACGCGGUGUGGAAGCAUCUUCGGUACCGUUUACAUCAGCCAAUAGCAAUCAUGGUCGCGACAAGAACUGCAACGCCACGAUACCAACGAUCGAUAACAAUCACCAGCAGAACAGGCAGCAAGCUGUUCUUCCACCGACGACUCACGGUUCGCCGAAGAAACGGCGCGCAGUCUCGAUGGCCGCCGAACCGCAAACUGGAGUGGUGACGGUGGAGAAGCCCGUGGACAACGAAGGGGAUGCGCUGAUGGCGUCUGCCCGUUCCGCUUCGGAAGUGACCCGAAAUAAAAUUAGCGCGAAGCUGCCGGCACCGUUGCGAAAAUCACAGAGCGGUGCCUUCGUUCGAGUACGGGUGAGGCCCGCACCCGAACCGACAACCGAAGAGCCACCCAGUCCUCGAGUGCAAACCGAAGUCGAUGCCUCUUAUUGUUCCUACGAUGUUACCAAUCCAAAAUACGUUGGCAAUCAGAGUCCCGUUACGGAACAAAGAGAACCGCUGAAGAGGGAACUCCGUAGACGAACGGACGGUCGACAACAAACACGAGCCAGCCGUGCGGCGAUAAGAGACUACUCUAUCACCCAGUGUGCACAGAUCGACGACGACAACGUAUCCGCGUUACAACAAGUAACCAAAGGCGGUGGUGGGUUAACGUUGGCCUCUCAAUGGAAAUCGCAAUUCGACGACUCCGAAGAGACCGACAACGAAUGGAAAGGAGAAAACUUACAGAGUCCUGAACAUAAAGGGGCCAACUUGCCAGUUAUAGUUCCGCAGUCGACAGUUGUCAGUGAUGCUGUGACUACCGCAUCUUCAGUGCCUGCGUCUAUCGAUGCGAAAACAGCGGUGGUUCAAUCAGCCACGUCGGUUGUGUCUCAUCAGCAUUCAAUUGUACCUUCCGCCCUGUCUCGAAUCAGCGAAGAUUCUCCAAAACCUUCGGUUCCUCAUCGAUGCUUGAACAUCGCUGGCAUCGAGAAAUAUCCGGAUCUCCAAGGGGCGCUCCCCAGUGCUUGGAGCGUGCCAGCGUUGGCGCCGCAUGUCCGCGCCAAUCUCGAAGCCCCGUUGGUACAACAAGCGGCGUUCGACGAUCUGUUUUACGAGGUGGACGUAAUGAGGAACAUCGCAACGCGUUACGACGAACCGAGAGAAAGUCCGCCGCCCCGACGAGCGAGCGUACCAGCGGUUGCUUUCUCACCCCCGAACACAAUGCCUAGUACACCCGGCGGGGAAGAAGAAGAGACGGGUGCGGUGGCGGGUAGACUGGAAAUUAGGGUCGUGGACGCGACGGCUGGUGCUACCGUUGUGCAAACUACCACCGACAGAGAACCGUUGCAGAGAAGCAUGGCAAACGGUACAGUGGAUAGUCCAGCUGGCCCUAAUCCAGGAUCGGAAGAGUCGUCGGUAUACGACGAUGCUGUCGAGAAUCGGCCACCUGCCGAUGCUGUCGUAUCGACACAUAAGGAAAACAAUACCACAACCGUCUCGGCCACUAUAUCGAACAUAGUAGCCACUCGUGAAUAUAAGAACAAUAAAGAAAAGGAAGCUCCUUGUAGGAUCUAUAACACUGUCAGUAAAAUACCGGUCCCGGUUAAAAGUCCCAGAUGUUCGCUAUCAGAGUCUACUCCAGAAACGAAUACUCCGAAUACCAGGACUUGCGUGGCUAACGAAAUCGAAAAAUCGUCUACACCCGCGGCUAUAACCAGGCAAAUAGAUGCUACUAUCAAAGGCAAACCCUUGACAGCGGCCAGGAUCUGGGAGCCCCAGCAACUACGCAGAUGCGCAACCUUGCCCGACGCACGACCGAUCUUUUCGCCGUUAACGUCGGCUAACUCGACGGAAGACAUAAAUUUGACCGGAUGCACCCCUGCGUUACGUCGCCGAAGGGAAAGCGAGAAAUACGUGACGGAUGCUAGUCAAAGAAAUCUGCGAUUCCAAACGAGAUUGCAGCGCAUGGUCAGACCUAAUUCCGAAAUACUGUCUCGUUUUUCUCCGAGAGGAGUACCGUCGCACCUCCUAGGAGAAGCAGCCAAGCAAACGGAAGAGAGUAGCAACAGCGAUUCCGAAAGCAGUGGACCACCGAAUGCUCAGCCUCCGCCACCUCCCACGUCCUUGCCACCUCAUGUUGCAGAAAAUAAUGCCAGAUGUCGCAGAUUUCGACCUAUACCGGACGCAACGAUAGUCAGCCGAGAAUCUUCGUUGCUCCCGGACUACGGCAGAGUAGUCAAAGUGCAGGGGAACCAGGCAGGAGCUGUGCCGCGUCGUUCCAAGCAUUACCAGUUACCGACAACAACAAAAAUGGGUUUGGGAUACAAGAUGUCCGAGGAGAACCCAGAGAUGCGGGAAAUGGCAGCACGCAUAUGUCGCGAUUACCUCCACGGAGUUUGGAAGCAUGUUACAGCGGAGAAUAUCGCUCUGAAACGUAUCAGCGGCGGUCUCAGCAAUUGGUUGUACAACGUUCAACUUCCGAGCGGAGCCGUUCCGAUCCGCGGCGAACCGCGGCAAGUUCUGUUGCGGUUGUACGGCCAGGUGCACGGGGAGAGAGCGCUCGAAGGAUUGAUCACAGAGUCCGUGAUCUUCACGUUGCUGUCCGAAAGACAACUCGGGCCGAAGUUGCACGGCAUAUUCCCCGGUGGUCGCAUCGAGGAGUACAUACCCGCCAGGCCGCUGCUCACCAAGGAAUUGGCCGAUCCGACCUUGAGCUCGAUGAUCGCCGAGAAAAUGGGACAGAUUCACAUGAUGCAGGUGCCCAUAAGCAAAGAGCCGACCUGGCUCUGGGACACCAUGAGCAAAUGGUUGGACACCGCUAACGACAUUCUCGAAAACGUCGAAGAUAUAGACGACCGACACGCGAAGAACGUUAACGCGAUACGAUCGAUCGACCUGGAGCACGAGAUCGAUUGGUUCAGGUCUCUCGCGACGCGACAGAAGCAUCCGGUUGUAUUUUGCCACAACGACAUGCAGGAAGGUAACAUAUUGUUGAGACAGAACACGCGUAAACCGGAACUGGUUCUGAUCGACUUCGAGUACUGUUCGUACAACUAUCGAGGAUUCGAUGUAGCGAAUCACUUCGUCGAGUGGCAAUACGAUUACACGGCGGCCGAAUAUCCUUUCUUUCACGAACGCUCCGGAUCCGGACCUACGGAAGAGCAGAAGCUCAACUUCAUUAAAAGUUAUUUAAGAACGGUCGGGAAAGAAGGGGCGUCGGAAGAAGAGCGCGCGAUGGCGGAAAUCAAAAUAUUUUCGUUGGCCAGUCAUUUGUUCUGGGGUCUGUGGAGCAUCGUCAACGCGAAACUUUCCGAAAUACCGUUCGGAUACUGGGAUUACGCGGCCUCCCGAUUACGAAAAUACCAAUGUCUCAAGGAGAAGAUGAUGCUGUCGGGACCGCCGAUGCCGACGCCAACGUCUACGCCAGCAUCGACGCCGACAUCGACGACCAGGGAAUCCACCGCCACGGACACGAACCUAAAUGCGAUCGAUUGAAAAGGCGAACGUGUAACGUCGCCCGUUACGACGUGACGUGGAGAGAUUUUCUCAUCGUCGACGCGACUACAAAGGUUGUCCGCCACGUCUUCGCGUGCUCGUGAUCGUCUUGCCGGACGAUCGCGUUGCAUCGCGAUGCAUCGCGGCGUUUUCUCAUCGAAAAUCGUGAUACGCGUGUCAAACGUGCUUUCGAAUUAGUCCAAGGAAGAGAGGAAGAGAAUUCGAAUGGAAUGCCGGUCGACUGAUAACGCGGAUGCGGGGAAGAGGAUCGAGAGUGAUGGAACGCGCGGAGGGCGUUGAAUUACGCGUUACAAAUGUGAUAUAGGAUAAGCAUAGACAGAGAGAAGCUGUACAACGUUAUUAUAUUUUAACGGCGCGUCAACUUUUCAGGGAAAUGUUGCUCAAUUUCCGAGUCAGGCUGUCAACCUGUUCAGCCGCACCCUAGGAAUCGGUGACAUAGGAUAUUCUUAUCGUUUACGAAACAGGUCGCGUGCACCAGCACCAGGCACUCGCACUCUCGCUCUCGCUCUCACUUGCACCAGCACCAGCACUCGUGCACGCGACACGCGUACUUAAGUGUGUAGAAGAUGAGUGCAUGUAUCUUCCUAUACGCAACCGAUUUGUACAUAAUUACAACUUCGUUGUACCUGGAUUGAAUUUUUUUAAUCGUGCCUUGAUCGUAUCACUCGAAUAUACGUAUAUGUACUUAAUGAUAUUUACGGUCGCGCAUCUCAACGUUGACCGAAGGUGUAACUAAGAAACGAAGAAAGUAACGCUAACGAUAACGAUAGUAGUGUAACACUGAUAGCAAUCGACCGAUAUAUUAACGAAUAGACGCACUUUUGACUGGUCUUUAUCGUUGUUAGAAGAAGAAACGGUCUGUUCGUCGCGAAUAACCGUCGGAAAUCCUGCGUUGCGAUUCAACCAUGUUUUUGUUUCGUUCACAAUAUUUUUACGGUUGUCACUACUAUACCUCUCUCAGUGAUCAAAGUAUCAUAUUUUAAUAAAUUUCGAGCGAAUCUUUUACA